AUGGACAAGUUACGAUUUGCCAUCAUGUACCUUCUCUCGUUGGAAACUAUCAACCAGUCUGAAGUUGAAGCCGUGGAAGCGGCAUUGCCCUCGGCAGACUCAGCAAGCAGAAGCAACAUUGUUGACUGGGCUGAGAAGCUUUAUGGUCAGUCUAUAAGCGCGGUCACUCCAGGAGUCAAGAAUCUCUUAUCAAGUGAUCAGCAACUGCCGGUGGCACGGACAGUUGAAGCCUUAACUGACGGAAAACCAAACCCAGAAACCGAUUCAUACCUCAUACUGGAUGCGAGAGCUUCAAAGUCAGGAUCUAUUGAUAAUAGCUAUGUGAAGGGGCCUUUCGAAGAAGCCAUAGUCUUCAUGAUUGGUGGAGGUAACUACAUUGAAUAUAGCAGUUUGCAGGAGCUCUCGCAGCGACAGGAGAUGGUUAAUAACAUUAUAUAUGGAGCCACAGAGAUCCUUACUGGAACUGAGCUCGUUGAGCAGCUCGGGGAGUUGGGUCAGAAGAUGGGACUGAGAUAG